CAGCGGCGGCCAUCAGUAGUUGCCUCAGAGCCCGCGGGUUGAAGAAAUCGUACGCAUCGAGCGAGUGACAAGCGCCGCGUCUCACCAAACAAAGAAAAGCAAAAGCAGAGCCCUAAAAAAAAGAAAAAGAAAAAUACAAAAAAAAAAAAAAUCCAUAUAAAAAAACCAAAAAAAAACCAAAACUAAAACAACAGAUAAACGUAGAAUACCUGCUACACUGACACAAAAUCAGAGCCAGUCCAACGAAUAUUUUGUAGUAAACCCCAAUAAAAAAAACAAAACCAAAAACAAUCGCAAUCGCAACAAAAUGCUGCCACGAAUCGCAGGCAAAUGAGCCCGCUAGCCAACGGCUCCCAUCUGCGGCUGCUGCAGAGCAGCGAGUCCGAGCCCGGUCCCGCAUCCGCACUCGCAUCCGCAUACGCAUCCGCCUCCGUAUCCGCAUCCACAUCCGCAUCAGCCUCUCGCCGCGUCGCCCCGUGUGUGUGCCAGUGUUCAGCCAAAGCGGACCGCCAGCAAUUGCAGUGUAAGGCGGUGUCCGCCAAUCGCAUUCCAGCAGCAAACUAAUCUAAACGGCGCCGAGUGUCGCAUCUGAAAAUUGAGUUUCGUUUCCGGUUCCGCCGCGCGUCUCUCAAUCCGUUUGGCCAAGUCGGUCGGUUGGUCCGUUGGUCCUUUGGUCCAGAGAAGUUCCGUUCCGUUUCGGCGCGGUCUGGUCGGUUGAAUCGGUCGUCCGUUCAGACAGUUUUUCCUGCUCAAAAAUUGAUGACAGCAGCAGCCCUGUAAUCGACAACAACAUUGAAGACUGCUAACUGGAAUUGCUUCGAAACAUCACCAUCAAAAACGAAGAAACAACCACAACAAAGUGCUGCCAGCAACAAAAAAACGUAAUCAGGAAUUUAAGCAAAACCCAACAGAGAAACAUCAGGGACAGGAAGGAAGACACAGAGAGCAUGUUCAUGGAAUUGUCAUCGUUAGCGAGCAACUGACGCAACAGCUCAAGGCAUGUGGCAACAGCAACAGCAGCAACAGCAGCAGCAGCAGCAGCAACACUGAGCGGCAGGAGCAACAUCGGGCAAGAGAAGCAACUAGGAGCAGGACAACCUCCGUGGACAGGUGGUGUGCUGCUGUAAAGCAGCACCAUAGCUGCCAUUACAAUAGACGCCGCGGCGCAACAGCAACGCUGUCGUCGUCACAAUCAACGCCAGCGACAACACCACCCGCAUCAUCGCCAUCGCAGACGACGACGGCGCAGCAGCAGCAGCAGCAGCAACAACAACAGCAGCAACAGCAACAGCAGCAGCAGCAGCAGCGGCAGCAACUGCAACUGCAACAUCAGCAACUGCAGCAGCAGCAGAAGCGGGCUGUUGGGCGCUGUGGGCGUGGCCGGCAGCUGCCCAUUGCUCGCCACCCAGCAACUAAUCGAGGAGCCGGGCAGCAGCAACAACACUGGCGACGACGACGGCGGCGCAGCAGCAGCAGCAGCAACAACGCAGCAGCAGCAGCAGCAACACUGCGACCUGCAACAUCAGCAUUCCGGUCGUCGGCGACGCUACGACGGCCUGUCAUCGGUAGGCAAUGCAACGCGCUGUGCAGCAACGGGUUGGACCUGGCGUAAGAUGGGUAGCGUGCUAUUCGCAGCUGUAUUCAUAGCAUUACACUUUGCCACCGGCGGCCUGGCCAACCCAGAUGCAAAGCGACUCUACGACGACCUGCUGAGCAACUACAAUCGCCUCAUCCGACCCGUGGGCAACAACUCGGACCGCCUCACCGUCAAGAUGGGUCUGCGCCUCUCCCAGCUGAUCGAUGUGAAUCUGAAGAAUCAAAUUAUGACAACCAAUGUGUGGGUGGAACAGGAAUGGAACGACUAUAAAUUGAAAUGGAAUCCGGAUGACUAUGGCGGCGUGGACACGUUGCACGUUCCCUCCGAGCAUAUAUGGCUGCCGGAUAUUGUGCUCUAUAACAACGCCGAUGGCAACUAUGAAGUGACAAUAAUGACAAAAGCAAUUCUUCAUCACACGGGCAAAGUGGUGUGGAAACCGCCCGCCAUUUACAAAUCCUUUUGCGAAAUUGAUGUCGAGUACUUUCCCUUCGACGAGCAGACAUGUUUCAUGAAGUUCGGCUCCUGGACCUACGAUGGUUAUAUGGUCGACUUGAGGCACUUGAAGCAGACCGCCGACUCGGACAACAUCGAGGUGGGCAUCGACCUGCAGGACUACUACAUCUCCGUGGAGUGGGACAUCAUGCGGGUGCCGGCGGUGCGCAACGAGAAGUUCUACAGCUGCUGCGAGGAGCCGUAUCUGGACAUUGUGUUCAAUCUGACGCUCCGCCGGAAGACGCUCUUCUACACGGUCAACCUGAUCAUACCCUGCGUGGGCAUCUCGUUCCUGUCCGUUCUGGUCUUCUAUCUGCCCAGCGACUCCGGCGAGAAGAUCUCGCUCUGCAUCAGCAUCCUGCUCUCGCUCACCGUGUUCUUCCUCCUGCUGGCGGAGAUCAUUCCGCCCACCUCGCUGACGGUGCCGCUGCUGGGAAAGUAUCUGCUCUUCACCAUGAUGCUGGUCACGCUCUCCGUCGUGGUCACCAUCGCCGUGCUCAAUGUGAAUUUUAGAUCCCCUGUCACACAUCGCAUGGCGCCGUGGGUGCAGCGCCUCUUCAUCCAGAUCCUGCCCAAGCUGCUCUGCAUCGAGCGGCCCAAGAAGGAGGAGCCCGAGGAGGAUCAGCCGCCCGAGGUGCUCACCGAUGUCUAUCACCUGCCGCCGGAUGUGGACAAGUUUGUCAACUACGAUUCGAAGCGUUUCAGCGGCGACUACGGCAUUCCAGCACUACCCGCUUCGCAUCGCUUCGAUUUGGCCGCCGCGGGCGGGAUUAGCGCCCACUGUUUCGCGGAACCGCCGCUGCCCUCCUCACUGCCACUCCCCGGCGCCGACGACGAUCUGUUCAGCCCCUCGGGCCUCAACGGAGACAUCAGUCCCGGCUGCUGUCCUGCCGCUGCAGCCGCCGCUGCCGCCGCCGCCGCCGAUCUCAGUCCCACGUUCGAGAAGCCCUACGCCCGCGAAAUGGAGAAGACCAUCGAGGGAUCCCGCUUCAUCGCGCAGCACGUGAAGAACAAGGAUAAGUUUGAGAGUGUGGAAGAGGACUGGAAGUACGUUGCCAUGGUAUUGGAUCGUAUGUUUCUGUGGAUCUUCGCGAUCGCUUGCGUGGUUGGAACAGCGCUGAUUAUCCUGCAGGCGCCCAGCUUGUACGACCAAUCGCAGCCGAUCGAUAUACUCUACUCGAAGAUUGCCAAGAAGAAGUUCGAGCUGCUCAAGAUGGGCAGCGAGAACACCUUAUAGCGACCACUUGGGUUCGCGGCCGGCUGGUGGAAUCUAAUCAUCAGCUCGCUGCGGACCCUGUUCGCCGCUCGCGACGAUGAUCGUGGAUAAUAUACGAUGAGCCACACCAUGAGUAUUUCCUCGGCGUUGUACAACACUAACAGUAGCAGCAGCAGCAGUAUAAGCAACGCCACUGACAGUGGCAGUGCCAUUGGCAGUGUUGUAAAGGCUAUUGUGAGUAGUGUUGGCAGCACCAACGAAACGGAUGACUCGUGGAGCCCAUCGUAAGUGUCCGCGAGGCGAGUGAAGUGAACAUUGCGAAAUGAAUUCAGAUACAAUCGAAUGGAGGCAAGUUUUUGGAGCAGUUGAUCAAAAUAUGUAUGUAAUGUAAUUUGAUGGAGUUGUAGUGUUGAUUAACCGCGACAGUGCUGGACAGCGAAGCAAGCCACAAGAUAGCUGCGAAGCGAAGCGUAGUUUGUAAGUUUUUUGAUGUACUUGAUGUAUGAUUGUGUGGUCGAAGAAGUUUAGGUGGUUUCGGUGGUUCCCGAACCAGUGUUGUAAAAAGCGUAUGGAGUUUUGUAAGUUAUAUUGUAUUUUUGAGCGCCAAAAAGUUCCUUGUUACAUCUUUUAGUUUUAAAGUUCCACACACAACACAACACAACAACAAACAAGAAAGCAAACAAAAAUGAUGAAAAAACAAAUGAAAAUGUUUUAAAAUUGCAUUUUAAAUUUAAAUCUGACUGCAUGUGUUCAGUGCGUGAGUGUGGGUGCUUCUGCAGGAGACUGUGUGAGUGUGUGCGUGCCACAAUAUACAUACAUAUGAAGAAGAAAAUCAAUUUUAAUGGUUUAUUUAUUUGUGCAUAUAUUUCGCAUUAUUUUUAGCAAAGCAAAAACAAACACAGAAGAAUUGCGCCCCACGCAGAAUGGGUAAAAAUUAAGUCUCAUAAAAUUCCAAUCUAUUUUUAGCAUAAAUAAGUGAAGUAAAUACGAUAAACUACAUUUAAUUAGCCAAUAAGUCGUAACUAGUGGUAGCUAAGCAAAUCUAGUAUUGAAUUAAAUUUAAUAUUAAAAAAAACAACACGAGAUCCGACACAUCGGCUCGUAUGAAGCGCGAAAUUCUGAAAUAAAUUUAGUUGAAUGUCGAUACAAGCGAGUCGUCGUCACAUUUUUAAAGUCACACAUUUUUACUAACCACACGAGCAACCAACACACACAAACAUAAAUAUAUAUAUACACAAAUAUAUAUAUUAUAUCGUGCAAGCAUACAUAUAAAUAUAUAUAGAGUACGUAUACGUAUUUAUAGGAUUGCAGCUAGUCGAAACACAAAACACAAAACAAUUUCAAUUAAAAACACGCACACAAACAGACAGACACGGUGCAAAACAAGUAACAAUAACUAAAGCGAAUGGCUAUUUGUUUAGUUUGAAGCCAUUUUAAUCAAUUAAAUUAUUGCGUUUAAAACGAAUUCCAUUUCCACUUGAUUUCGAUUUCGAUAUAGGUUUCGAUUUAGAUUUUGAUUGUUUUCCCCCAACCAACCACUCCACCCUUGCCGUUUAUAUAAGCAGCUCCUUUGUAGUUAUCGGCACUCAUUAUGCAUUCAUUGGAGCAUACGGAGUGUUCAGAAACCUUUGGCAGCUUCAAUUUAAAAUAAAAGUUUUUAAUUACUUUCAACGGGCCACGCGAGUGCCGUCCUGAGCUCCAAGUUCCGCCUUCUGAGGUCUGGAGUUCUCGUUUCUAGCCAUUCGAAUGGCCCCGAUUCCAGUGAGCGGCACACAGAAAACACCUUCAAUUUAAAUGCCAAAGCAAACGAAACUUGCCACAAGGUUGACUGCCACGCCCACACGCCCAUUCGCCCCUCGUUUAUGCCUUUGCAUUUUUAAUUGAUUUUGCAAAACUUUUUGCCGCCGAAGCAAAAAGAACAGUAAACAUUAAGCAAAUGCAAGCGCCACCGUUGCUUUUUCGCCAGAGGCGUUGCCCAAAGGGGGCGGGGCUUGGGGCGAAAGGGGGCGUGGCGGCGCCGCAAGGCAUGCAACAAAUUAAGUGCGGAAUGCAAUUUGCCAUGCUGUGUGCAUAAGAGGCUGUGUGCGAGUUAAUAAAAAGCCAAAAGUAAACAAAUACUUACACUCUGCUGAAAAUGCACUGAAAAUGAAAGAAUUUUCGAAGGGUUUUUAAGCCCAAAAUAAUUUCAGAAAUAUACGAUUCUAACGGAUUUCUUUCUACUUUUGUAAAACACUUCAAAUAGAAGGCUCAAAACGUUCCUUCUUAUUCAUAAAAGAAUAUGAAAUUAAAUUCCUUAAGUGUGUUAGAUGCUUAUAAAAGAAUUGCUCUCAGUGUAAUCACAUUCCAGCAACAAUAACUUGCCAAGCAUAAGUGAAAUCUGUGGAAACUAUUAGCAAAGAAUGUCGCGACAAGCGACAGCGACAACCCUGAGCUCGCUGCCAGGGUUGCCGAGCGGCCUGGGCGCUGCUCAUUGUUGCAGCUUCUGCUGCGUCGUCGUCAGCCGAGUUGUGCGUGCGAGGCGGCAAAAGUUUAAUUAAAAUUCCUAAUCGAAAAUAUUCAACAUUUGUGAGUGUGAAUUAAUUAAAAUAGUUUUCCAAGCCAACGAAUGUGGCACUGUUUAAACACACAGAAAAAGUGGCACACCGAGCUGGGCUAGAAAAUGAUAUAAAUUUCGUACUUGUUGUGGGUGAAAUGGUCGAGAGAACUGGGUGGGAAAUUUUAAAUUUUCAUGUUUUUAUAAUAAAAUAUUUUAUGCCAAUGCACACAGCCAAAGAAGACACACACACACAAUCACACGAUAGCGUAACAAAAAAAAAAAAAAGAGGAAAACUAAACAGGAAAAUCUAAAUAGCGGAUGCCGUUUUGGGUGUAUUAAAAUGUAAAGUGCAUAAAAAUCAACAGUUAACAUUUUUUAAAUAUCUAGCUAUUAAAACUAAACGUAUUAUAAAGCCUAUUAAAUAAACGUCGGAAUAUCAUAAAUCAAGUAAUUAAAUACAAAUGCGAGGACUAAACUUAGAAUGAAACCAAUGAUGUCACAUUCAAAUUAAAUCGGUUAAAUGAACAAUGCAAAAAGCAGCAAUAAAAUCCACAAAAAUACCCGUUCAUUUAUUUCACAAGCAGGAAAUACAAUUGUGCAACAUAUAUUGAAAUUAUUAAACUGAGCUUAUAAUAUAUAAAAUAAAUAAAAAAUUGACACACACAAAGUUGCUAACUAAAAUGAAGAAAAAAGGGCGUAAACAAUUUGACAACAUUCUCGACUUCCGUAUCGAAAAGCAUAAAAUAAAAAAGUCUGAAAAAAAUCAAGUAUAUAUAGAAAAAAAACAUACACAUAAAUACAUAGAAUAUGGAACACAACACAUGACACCUUUUAAAAUGCAAAACCGAAUAACCACUGACACAAGGCAAAUACGCAAAAAACUGAUUGCAAAAUAUUAUUCAUAGAGGACAAAAUUGAAUUACACAAAAAGGACACAAGAUAUAGUUUAAAGCGAAAGGACAAACCGGUAUUGCCAAAUGGAAAAAUAAUAUAAAUUUUGUACAAUAAUAAUAAAUUCGGCUCUUAGUUAUUGGUUUUGUUAAACUUAAACUUCAGAAUCGUAGGCAAAAAAUAUCAACCAAUUUUGGUGUGACUUGUAAAUAUUAUAUACAUUUAAAUCAACAUUUGCUUAAGCUUUAAAUAUGUUUGUUUAAUAGGAAUUAUUCAAUCAAUUUAAGUGUGCUGAUAUAAGUUUUGUUUGAAUGCAUAAAAAUUGUUGAAUCGACUAUUUACUGUAAGCUUCUUAAUUUCAAACAAUUUUGUACAGAUUUCCAGCUUAACAAGUCUUUUGUUAUAGUUUUAGACAAUCAACUAUUAAAAUAUAUUUAAACGCAGCAAAGCGAAAUGAAAACAAAGAACUAAUGACAAGUAAAUGGCGUAACUUUUCUGUGAAUAAAAUCAACUAAAUGAGUAAAACCCGUAUAAAACAUUUAUGCAUAUUUAAACCUAAUGUCACUAUGCAAAUAUAAAAAAGCAAAAAGAGAAAAAGAGAAAAAAAGCAGACAUACAAAAAAUGCGAGAAGCGUGGAAGAACAAUUAGAUGAAAUUCAUUUCAACAAAAACCAUUUUUGUAAAUUGUUUCACUUGGGAAAUCGACACGCUAAAGCCAAAAAUAAAAACAAAAAACUAAAUAAAUAGAGACAUAAAUGAAAAAUCGUUUUACCAAAUAAUGCAAAAAAAAACAC